AUGGGUAGAUUAGAAGAUCAAGAGUUUGAGAUUGAAGCUCUUCUUCAGGAAAAAGGGGGCAAGCGAGGAGUGAGCUGGGUUGGGCCCCAGGAGAAGGACCAGGGCCUGGUAGGUGCGAAUGGCAGCUGGUGUCCUUCUUUAAGUCCAGGGAAAGAACAAAAUGCUGAUGCAGAGAAAACAAAAACAGCUGACAAAGACAGAACUCGGGCUCUGCGCCUGAGAAGGGACCUGAAACACCUUGAUACAGUACAUGAAGAGAAGGAUCUUUUCAUUCAAAAAACAAGAGAGGAGCUGCGUGCUUGCCGCCAGAGGAUCGACCUCAUCACCAGACAGCAGGCAGCCGUGGAGGCAGAAAUCGCUGAGGAGAAAGAGGCCAACAACAUUGCUGCUGUGGGGCGCCUCCAGGCCACCUGCAGCCGCUUGGGCACAGAGCUAGAGAACGAGAGGGACCUGGAGAGGAGCAUCACCUCUUCACUGAAGGAAAAUGAGAAUGCCAUGUGGCACAUCGAGAUCCUGGAGGGUCAGCUAGAUACUGCCCGCAAGGCCCUCAGGGAAGAGGAGGCAGCUGAGGGGAGGCGCCUCCAGGCACGGGCAGCCGAGCGGCUCUGCAAGGAGAAGGCAGCCCUCAGGAAGGCUGAGCGGAACCGGCUGCUGAGGAUCCGGAAAUCCAUGUAUGUCCAGAAGGAACAUGGGCUUCGGCACCAGAAGCUGGUGGAAGACGCCCAGAAGAACCACAGGAUCGCAAUCAAGUUCCUGAAGGCCUCCCUGGGCAGAAUUCGGGAGCAGGAGCAGAAGGAGGAGAUGGAGUCACGCGAACGCCUGAAGAGGCGCAUGGACGCCGUGCUGGCGCUGAAGAACAAUAUCACUGCAAACCGGGAAACGCUCCGGAAGUUCCAGGCAUGGGGCCGGGCCCGGGCUGAGCUGGCCGAGCGAAAGGCCCAGGUCGAGAAGGAGGCAAUCCUGGCCCAAGGCGGGGAUGCGUUCAAGCAGCUUUUCCAUCAGCGCCGGCGCCAGGAGCUGGAGGCCCAGAAACGGGCCUUCGAGGAGGAGCAGAAGCAGCGGAGGCUUGAGAUCGUGAGCCGGCUCUGGAAGGAGGAGGCUGAGGAGAAGAGGAAGAAGCAGCAGCUACCCCCUGCCCAGUCCACGAACCGGCUCACGCUGAGGGACAAGACCUGGUGCUAUGUGUCUGACUUCUGCGAGGGCCUGGCCACCACGGCCCCCUUGUACCUGAUGGAUCCUGAGUACUUGGCGUACCCUAAAGCCUCCCAGCUACUGCAAGCCCUCUCCAGCGAGUCUGUGCAGGGUGACCCUGGGGCCCUCACCAACCCAGAGGAGGAAACACUUGCGGUGCCAGAAAUCUCAGGGCUCUGGAAAGAGGACUACAAGCCAUACCAGGUGCCCAAGGAGGACAUGGACCGGAAGCCUGUGGGUGGAACCAAGAUGGACAAGGACAUCCUGGCCCAUACCAUGGAGCGGCUGCGGAGUGGGGUGGUACAAAAACAGGUGGUAUCUGGGCAUGAAUUCAAAGGCUGCCCCUUCAACAGCAAGCCUGAGCUCAUCCAUUUCAAGGACUUUGAUAUUGGCAAAGUGUACAAGAAAAAGAUCACACUGAUAAACGCCACGUACACAAUUAACUACUGCAAGCUAGUGGGUGUGGAGGAACACCUCAGAGAUUUCAUCCACAUUGACUUCGAUCCCCCUGGUCCUAUGUCAGCCGGGAUGUCCUGUGAAGUGCUUGUCACCUUCAAGCCUAUGGUAAAUAAAGAUCUGGAAGGAAACGUCUCAUUUUUGGCUCAGACGGGUGGAUUUUCUGUUCCACUAAAGUGUUCAACCAAGAAAUGUUCCCUGUCCCUUGAUAAGAACCUCAUCGACUUUGGCAGCUACGUGGUAGGUGAGACUGCAUCCCGGGUCAUCACGCUGACCAACAUCGGUGGCUUGGGCACAGGAUAUAAGUUCCAGCCCGCUUCUGAGUCUUGCGAGCAGGCAACCUCCCUGAAUACGAGCAGUCUCUUCAUGUACGAAGACAAAAAUCUGUACGAUAAAGUCAUCAGGCCCAGUGUCUCUGAGAACAUGUUUGAGGCCAAUGAGUACUCACCCAUGGAGACCAGGAAGGCAGAGAGCAAAGAGCCGGAGGAGAGGCGCCACGCAGGUGAGCUGGCCCCACCGGUCGUCCAGCAUGUGGCCCUCAGGCAACCCCAGCACAGGACCCUGGCCCCCCUUUCUGCCCCUGACUACACAAAAUCCGAAGGGGUAACGAUGACCACCGUCAUGGAGAUGCCUCAUGGCGAGGACGAAGUGGAGAUCCAACUGGGAGAGGUAACAGAAGGUGAAAUUGGCCCCUUCAGCUCCAUCAAAGUGCCUGUCAUCUUCACCCCAAUCAUCCCAGGAGAGGUCCAGACCAAGUUCAAGGUCGUGUUUAAGAAUCCACAGUGCCCAACACUGUAUUUCAAAGUCGUUGGCAUUGCCAUCGACGUGCCUGUCUGGGUGCCAAAGCCCAACGUGGACCUGAAGAUCUGCAUGUAUGACCGGCUGUACCAGGACUCCGUGCUCGUACACACAAGGUCAAAGGCAGCCCUGCGCCUGAGGUUCGAGGUCUGCAGGGAGCUGCGGGGCCACAUAGAGCUCCUGCCUGAGACCGGCUACAUCCAGGCGUUGUCAUCCUACUCGGUGCAGCUCAAGUUCUUGCCACGACACUCUCUCCCGGAAGAUGCAGGGAAAUACUUUGACAAGGAGUCCCGAGUCCUGGAGGCCCCGAUGACCAUCUGGGUGGCUGACCAGAUCAGGCCUGUGGGGUUCAUUGUCCACGCCAUCGUGACCACCUCGGACUUGGAAAUCAGCCCCUCAGAGGUGGAUUUUGGAUACUGCACCAUCUACGAGGCAAUUAAGACCAACAUCACCCUCCACAACCACUCCCUCCUACCCCAGGAGUUUGGGUUCGUUGGACUUCCCAAGUUCGUGGACAUUCAGCCGAACGAUGGGUUUGGGACGAUCUUGCCACUGGAAAGUUUGCAACUUGACGUGAUCUUCCAGCCCACCAAGGCCAGGGAGUAUAGCUUCGAGCUGGUCUGCAAAUCAGAGAUUAACAGGCAGUUCAAGCUCUCCUGCCGGGCUGUGGGCAUCCACCCACCCCUGGAGCUGUCCCACUACCACAUCAAGUUUGCAGCCACCGCCUUGUAUGACACCUCCGUGACCACCCUGUACGUCAUCAACUCCCACCUAAGCAUGAACUCACUGACCCACUCAGUGCCCCGCAUCAGCUCCCAGGACGUUGCCCCAGUGGGGCCCACAUCUUUCGAGUUCCUACUGCCCCCAGACUCGCCCAUCACCAUCUCGCCGUCAGUGGGAACGGUGCUGCCUGGAAAGAGGUGCCUGGUGCAGGUGGCCUUCCAGCCUGUGCUGCCCGAGGAGCUGGUGCACCAGGAAGCCCUCCAGGUGCUGAGCAAGGAGGCUGAGGCCAAAUUGUCCCGCAAGGACACAGUCACUCAGAGGAGGGACCUCCGGAGGCAGUCCAUCACCCCCAUGCGACUGCAGAACCGGGAGCGGCAGUUCCAGAUCUCUACUCCCCCAAACCCAGAGCUGCAGAAGCAGAAGCUCAAGGCCAGUUCUGAAGAGUUCCAGGCUGCCCAGGCUGCCCUGGCCAGAGCUUUCAGGGGAAAGUUUGACAAGUUUGUGGUCCCCUGUGUCGUUGCCAGUGGGGACAUCAAGGACAGGAAGGAAACAGAGACUUUGAGCUUCAGCCCUCAAAACACCCUGUACCUGGAGCUGUGGUGUCCAACAGUGGCACCGUCCAUUGUGGUGACAUCUGACAAAGGCAAGACCGUCUUUAACUUUGGAGACGUGGCCGUCGGACAUCGCAGCAUAAAGAAGAUCUCUGUCCAGAACAUCUCCUCCGAGGACCUGGCCAUAUCCUUCCCUGUGGAGUUCUCCGUGCUGAACCCUAACGGCCCCUUUGUCCUGCUGAACCCCUUCAACAAGCUCCCCAUGGGUGAGACUCAGGUCCUGGGGCUGUCCUUCUCACCCCGUGAAAGCAUCCUGGCCCAGGAGACACUGGACAUUAUCACCAAGAGGGGCACACUCACCCUCACCCUCCUGGGCACCGGUGUCGCUUCCAUGAUCGUCUGCUCCAUUGAAGGGGACAUCCUCAACAUGGGCUACGUGAUAGCCAGGGAGUCUGUGUCUUCCACUUUCAAGCUGCAGAACCUCUCCUCGCUGCCCAUCAAGUUCUCCAUAAAGCUGGACAGCCUGUCCUGCUCCCGGAGGGAGGACCGGCAGCAGCUGCCACAGUUCCUAGUCUCCCCCGCCCAGAGGACUGACGUGGUCGGCACUCAAAACCACAAUGGGCAGAGCGUGUUCAGCGUGGUCCCGGUCGAGGGCGUCAUCGAUCCUGGGAGGGCGCAGGACUUCACCGUGACCUUCAGCCCAGAUCACGAGAGCCUGUACUUCUCUGACAGGCUCCAGGUGGUGCUCUUUGACAAGAGAAUCUCCCAUCAGAUCCUCCUGAAGGGUGCUGCCCGUGAGCACAUGAUGUUCGUGGAGGGUGGCGACCCCCUGGACGUUCCUGUGGAGUCUCUGACUGUGAUUCCUGCCCUUGACCCGGAGCACAGAGAGGGUGAGCCCUGCGAGGGGGGACACCCUACUCCUAUACCCUGUCCCUGCACCCUCUGCUUGUGCACCCCCUGCCUGAGUCAGGCCCUCCCUCUCUCUUCAGAGACUGAGGAGCUGAAGUCCAUCCUGGUGACCCUGGAAUACCUGCAGCUGGACACCAACAUGCCAGCCCCUCCUGCCACCCGCGAGCUGCAGGUGGGCUGCAUCCGCACCUCCCAGCUGUCUCUGAAGAAGAGCGUGGAGUUCAGCCUAGAUAGCGUCUCAGCCCUGCAGCACAAGGGCUUCACUGUGGAGCCCUCCCGGGGCUUUGUGGAGCGAGGUCAGACCAAGACCAUCAACAUCGCAUGGAUGCCCACUGCCGACUUUGACCCAGAUCGCCCACUCAUGGUGUCAGCCCUGCUGACACUCAGAGGGGACGUGAAGGAGACCUACAAGGUCCUCUUGGUGGCCCAGGUGGUAACUGGCCCCUGAGGCACAGGAGCCACUUCACAGAGCCUGUCUCAGACCCUCUCAUCCCCCUCAAAGCCCUUUCCAUCAGCCAUGGGCCAGGCAGAUCCUCGCUGGAACCUGGCCACUCUCUGCUGGGCAAGUCUACCAAAUAGUCAGGACACCCUCAGCACUGCCCCUCAGACAGGACCCCAGCCCCACAUACAGGACUCCAGCCCCACAUACAGGGCUGCUACUUCAAGUCCUGAAGCCUCCCAUCUAUGCUGGACCAGCAAGCCCAGGGUUGGAGCCCCCCACCCCUCUCCGGUACCAAGAUAUAGCCAUCUGGGAGCCUGCUGGGACCCUAAGCCCCUGGGGCCAUAGCCACCAGCCCUGCUCAGCCCUAAGGGGCCACAUGGGAGAGCCGCCCCACAGCCUGUCAAUAAACCUCUAUGAGCCACCACAUUUGCAGCAACCAAGUCAUUCGCUGGUGGGCGCAGAGCCCUGGAGGAUCACGCGUGCAAACACACACACAUAUAAACACACACACACACUUCAGUCCAUCAAACAAUUAAGGAAGGCUAAGGAACGGCUUCCAGGAGGAUGAGGGUCUUGCCGGCCGCCAAAGGGAGGCCCAAGCCUGGAGCAUGGGGAAUACAGCAGGCAGGCUGGAGCUGAGGGUUGCCCAGGCCCAGAGAGGCCCAGGGAGCAGGGGAGAGGGCAGAUGGUUCCAAAGCCCUGAGACAGCACCUAGGCCUCAGGCUCCUCCCAAGGUGCAGAACCCCAGUGACCCUGAACAAAGGUCAAAGACACACCCUUGCUUAAGUCCUCACACCAAAGCCCAACUAGGGUUCAGGGAGAGACUCAGCACCUGGUUUCAUUUCCGCAGGGCUGACCCACCCUGCCCAGGAGAAGAUGCUCCUUUGAGCCCAGAGUGGUAAAAAAUUUAACCAGUGAAAACCUUAUGAAUAGCAGUGGAACAUUGUCUGAUAUAGUGUGGGAAGAUGAGCCCCCCAGGUUGGAAGGAACUCAAAAUAUGAUUGGGGAAGAGCUGCCUCCUCAAAGUAGAGUUGACCUUAAUGACAUGGAUGGAGUCAAGCUUUUGGGACCUUCAUCUGCUGAUGUGGCACGACUCAAGAAGAAACAGCUGCAAACAUCCAUUAAUAAUCAGAACAUGAAAUGUAUGAAGUGUGAGUCUAGGAAAAUUGGAAGUCAUCAAAAAUGAGAUGGAAUGCAUAAAGAUUGAUAUCCUUGGCAUUAGUGAGCUGAAAUGGACUGGUAUUGGCCAUUUAGAAUUAGUCAUAUGGUCUACUAUGCCAGGAAUGACAAAUUGAAGGGGAAUGGCAUUGCAUUCAUCACCAAACAGAGCAUUUCAAGAUUUAUCCUAAAGUACAACACUGUCAGUGAUAGGAUAAUAUCCAUAUACCUAUGAGGAAGACUAGUUAAUAUGACUUUUAUUCAAAUAUACACUCCAACCAAAGAUGAGGAAAUAGAAGAUUUUUACCAACUUCUGCAGUCUAAAAUUGAUCAAACAUGCAAUCAAGAUGCAUUGAUAAUUACUGAUGAUUGGAAUGCAAAAGUUGGAAACAAAGAAGGAUCAGUAGUUGGAAAAUAUGGCCUUGGUGACAGAAAUGAUGCUGGAGAUCACAUGGUAGAAUUUUGCAAGACUAACAACUUCUUCAUUGCAAAUACCUUUUUUCAAGAACAUAAAUGGCAACUAUACCCAUGGACAGGAAUCAAUUCGACUAUAUCUGUGGAAAGAGGCAAUGGAAAAGUUCAAUAUCAUCAGUCAGAACAAGGCCAGGGGCUGACUGCAGAACAGACCAUCAAUUUAUUCAUAUGUAAAUUCAAGCUAAAGCAGAAGAAAAUUAAAACAAGUCCAUGAGAUCCAAAGUAUGACCUUUAGUAUAUCCCACUUGAAUUCUGAGACAAUUUCAAGAAUAUAUUUGACACAUUGAACAUAAUGAACAAAGAUCAGGCGAGUUGUGGGAUGACAUCAAGGACAACACACACAAAGAAAGCAAGAGAUCAUUGGAAAGAAAGAAAAGACCAAAGUGGAUGUCAGAAGACACUCUGAAACUUGCACUUAAAUGUAGAGUAGCUAAAAUGAAUGGAAGAAAUGAUGAAGUAAAAGAGCUGAACAGAAGAUUUCCAAGGGCAGCUGGAGAAGACAAAGUAUUAUAAUGACAUGUGCAAAGACCUGGAGAUAGAAAACCAAAAGGGAAGAACACACUCGGCAUUUCUCAAGCUGAAAGAACUGAAGAAAAAAUUCAAGCCCUGAGUUGCAAUUUUGAAGGAUUCUAUGGGCAAGGAGCCCUGGUGGCGUAGUGGUUAAGAGCCCUGCUGCCAAACAAAAGGUUGGCAGUUCAAAUCCACCAGCCAUUCCUUAGGAAACUCUAUGGGGCAGUUUUACUUUGUCCUAUAAAGUCCCUCCCCCAUGUGUCUGUCAGUUUGUUAUACUGUGGUAGCUCACGUGUUGCUGUGAUACUGGAGGCUCUGCCACUGGUAUUUCAAAUACUAGCAGAAUCACCCAUGGUGGACAGAUUUCAGCAGAGGUUACAGACUAAGAAGAAGGACCCAGCAGUCUACUUCUGAAAAAACUGGCCAGUGAAAACCUUAUGAAUAUCAGUGGAACACUGUCUGAUAUAGUGCUGGAAGAUGAGCCCCCCAGGUUGGAAGGCACUCAAAAGAUGACUGGGGAAGAGCUGUCUCCUCAAAGUACAGUCGACCUUAAUGACGUGGAUGGAGUAAAGCUUUCGAGACCUUCAUUUGCUGAUGUGGCACGACUCAAAAUGAGAAGAAACAGCUGCAAACAUCCAUUAAUAAUAGGAACCUGGAAUGUACGAAGUAUGAAUCUAGGAAAAUUGUAAAUCAUCAAAAAUGAAAUGGAACACAUAAACAUCGAUAUCCUAGGCAUUAGUGAGCUGAAGUGGACUGGUAUUGGCCAUUUUGAAUUGGAUAAUCAUUUAGUCUACUAUACUGGGCAUGACAACUCGAAGAAGAAUGGUGUUGCGUUCAUUGUCAAAAAGAACGUUUCAAGAUCAAUCCUGAAGUACAACGCUGUCAGUGAUAGGAUAAUAUCCAUAUGCCUACAAGAAAGACCAGUUAAUACGACUAUUAUUCAAAUUUAUGCAUCAACCACUAGAGCCAAAGAUGAAGAAAUAGAAGAUUUCUAUCAGCUGCUACAGUCUGAAAUUGAUCGAACAUGCAAUCUGCAAUCGAGAUGCAUUGAUAAUUACUGGCUAUUGGAAUGUGAAAGUUGGAAACAAAGAAGAAGGAUCAGUAGCUGGAAGAUAUGGCCUUGGUGAUAGAAACAAUGCUGGAGAUCAAAUGAUAGAAUUUUGCAAGACCAACGACUUCUUCAUUGCAAAUACCUUCUUUCACCAACAUAAACGGCAACUAUACACAUGGACCUCACCAGAUGAAACACACAGAAAUCAAAUUGACUACAUCUGUGGAAAGAGACAAUGGAAAAGCUCAAUAUCAUCAGUCAGAACAAGGCCAGGGGCCAACCGUGGAACAGACCAUCAAUUGCUCAUAUGCAAGUCAAGCUGAAACUGAAGAAAAUCAGAGCAAGUCCACAAGAGCCAAAGUAUGACCUUGAGUAUAUCCCACCUGAAUUUAGAGACCAUCUCAAGAAUAGAUUUGACUCAUUGAACACUAGUGACCACAGACCAGAUGAGCUGUGGAAUGACAUCAAGGACAUCAUCCAUGAAGAAAACAAGAGGUCACUGAAAAGACAGGAAAGAAAGAAAAGACUAAGAUGGAUGUCAGAGGAGACUCUGAAACUUGCUUUUGAGCGUCGAGCAGCUAAAACAAAAGGAAGAAUUGAUGAAGUAAAAGAACUGGAUAGGAGAUUUCAAAGGGCUUCUCGAGAAGACAAAAUAAAGUAUUAUAAUGACAUGUGCAAAGAGCUGGAGAUGGAAAACCAAAAGGGAAGAACACGCUCGGCGUUUCUCAGGCUGAAAGAACUGAAGAAAAAAUUCAAGCCUCGAAUUGAAAUAGUGAAGGAUUCCAUGGGGAAAAUAUUAAACAAUGCAGGAAGCAUCAAAAGAAGAUGGAAGGAAUACACAGAGUCAUUAUACCAAGAAGAAUUAGUCGAUAUUCAACCAUUUCAAGAGGUGGCAUAUGAUCAGGAACUGAUGGUACUGAAGGAAGAAGUCCAAGCUGCUCUGAAGGCAUUGGCGAAAAACAAGGCUCCAGGAAUUGAUGGAAUAUCAAUUGAGAUGUUUCAACAAACAGAUGCAGCGCUGGAGGUGCUCACUCCUCUAUGCCAAGAAAUAUGGAAGACAGCUUCCUGGCCAACUGACUGGAAGAGAUCCAUAUUUAUGCCUAUUCCCAAGAAAGGUGAUCCAACCAAAUGUGGAAAUUAUAGAACAAUAUCAUUAAUAACACACACAAGCAAAAUUUUGCUGAAGAUCAUUCAAAAACGGCUGCAGCAGUGUAUCGACAGGGAACUGCCAGAAAUUCAGGCCGGUUUGAGAAGAGGACCUGGAACAAGGGAUAUCAUUGCUGAUGUCAGAUGGAUCCUGGGUGAAAGCAGAGAAUACCAGAAGGAUGUUUACCUGUGUUUUAUUGCCUAUGCAAAAGUAUUCAAUUGUGUGGAUCAUACACAUUAUGGAUAACACUACAAAAUAUAGGAAUCCCAGAACAGUUAAUUGUGCUCAUGAGGAACCUGUACAUAGACCAAGAGGCAGUUGUUCGAAGAGAACAAGGGGAUACUACGUGGUUUAAAGUCAGGAAAGGUGUGCAUCAGGAUUGUAUCCUUUCACCAUACUUAUUCAAUCUGUAUGCGGAGCAAAUAAUCCAAGAAGCUGGAGUAUACGAAGAAGAACAUGGCAUCAGGAUUGGAGGAAGACUCAUUAACAACCCGCCAUAUGCAGAUGACACAACCUUCCCUGCUGAAAGUGAAAACAACUUGAAGCACUUACUGAAGAUCAAAGACUAUAGCCUUUAGUAAGAAUUACACCUCAAUAUAAGGAAAACAAAAAUCCUCACAAUUGGACCAAUAAGCAACAUCAUGAUAAACAGAGAAAAUACUGAAGCUGUCAAGGAUUUUAUUUUACCUGAAUCCACAAUUAACGCCCGUGGAAGCAGCAGUCAAGAAAUCAAAGGAUGUGUACCGCACUGGGUAAAUCUGCUGCAAAAAGACCUCUUUAGAGUGUUAAAAAGCAAAGAUGUCACUUUGAGAACUAAGGUGCACCUGACCCAAGCCACGAUAUUUUCAAUCACCUCAUAUGCAUGCAAAAGCUGGAAAAUGACUAAGGAAGACCAAAGAAUUGCUGCCUUUGAAUUAUGGUGUUGGUGAAGAAUAUUGAAUACACCAUGGACUUCCAAAGGAACAAACAUGUCUGUCUUGGAAGAAGUACAGCCAGAAUGCUUCUUAGAAGCGAGGGUGGUAAGACUUCAUCUCACAUACUUUGGACACGUUUUCAGGAGGGACCAGUCCCUGGAGAAGGACAUUAUGCUUGGUAAGGUAGAGAGUCGGCAAAGAAGAGAAACACCCUCGAUGAGAUGGAUUGACACAGUGCCUGCAACAAUGGGCUCAAACAUGGCAAUGAUUGUGAGGAUGGCGCAGGCCAGGGCAGCGUUUCACUCUGUUGUAUAUACAGUCACUAUGAGUCAGAACCUAACAACAACAGCUGACCCUGCCCAGAAGAAGAUGCUCCCUUGAGCUCAGAGUUAUGCCCACUCCUACCCUACCCCACCCCACCGACCCUGCUCACUGGAGGGUGGCUUGUUGGACAUGGACCCUACAGAGCCCACUCAGCCUGGUCCCCUGGGCACAGUCUCCCACCCCACCCCGUGCAGCCACCAGAGCACGUGCAGCCUUCUCUGCAGGUGUGGAGGGGGUGGCACCUGGGGCUUUCCUGGGCCCUCCACUGGUCCUCCUCACUCAGCAGGGUGGAGAAGAGGGGGACUUUAGGGUUGUUGCCCUGA